AUGACGACUGCAGUUACCAUGUCACCUGAUGCUCUUGUCAACCCUCAAGGGAAUGAAGAGGUGGACUCUCUGAUUGUACUGCAUUACAAUUAUACAGGAAAACUUAUGCGAAGGGAAAAGGCAACCGAUAAUAUAGACCUUCCCACUAUUGCAUUUCUGAUCCUGUGUAGCUUCAUAGUAUUGGAAAACUUGAUGGUGUUGAUUGCCAUAUGGAAAAACAAUAAAUUUCACAACCGCAUGUACUUUUUUAUUGGCAAUCUAGCUCUCUGUGAUCUUUUAGCUGGGGUUGUUUACAAAGUGAACAUUCUUAUGUCUGGGAAGAAAACUCUGAGCUUGUCCUCCACAAUCUGGUUCAUUAGGGAAGGCAGCAUGUUUGUUGCUCUGGGAGCCUCCACUUUCAGCUUACUGGCAAUAGCUAUAGAGCGACAUUUGACCAUGAUUAAAAUGAGGCCCUACGAUGCAAAUAAAAAAUACAGGGUGUUCCUUCUCAUUGGUACAUGCUGGCUUAUUUCAGUUUCAUUGGGUGCCUUACCCAUCCUUGGGUGGAACUGUAUAAACAACUUACCAGACUGCUCAACCAUUUUGCCUCUGUACUCCAAGAAGUAUGUUGUGUUCUGCAUUAGUAUCUUCAUAGCUAUUUUGGUUGCGAUUGUCAUCCUUUAUGCCCGUAUCUACAUCUUGGUGAAAUCCAGCAGUCGUAAUGUCACUAACCACAAUAACUCAGAGCGCUCCAUGGCACUCCUUAGGACUGUCGUGAUUGUUGUUAGUGUCUUCAUCGCCUGUUGGUCUCCGUUGUUCAUUCUGUUCCUCAUUGAUGUGGCUUGCAGAGUCAAGGAGUGUUCUAUCUUGUACAAAGCCAACUGGUUUAUUGCUCUGGCAGUCAUCAAUUCUGCAAUGAAUCCCAUCAUCUACACUCUGGCCAGUAAGGAGAUGCGUCGGGCUUUCUUUCGCCUGGUUUGUGGCUGCCUAGCAAAAUCAAAGGUGGCCAGAUCUUUGCCUAUUCAGCCCACACCAGAUCACAGUCAUAAAUCCAGCAGCAGCAAUACUCAGAAGCCAAAGGAAGAUUCCCCACCAAAGAAUGUUCCCUCUUGUAUUGCUGAGAAAAAUGAAUCUUCAUUUCACAAUGGAAACUUCUGUAAGUGA